GUACUGGUUCUGGCCAUAUAUAAAAACGGAACAGAACAGCGCGAAUCCAACAAAAUCCAAUCAACCAUGAAGAGGAUUAUUCUUGUGUUGGCCCUGGCCCUGGCAGCUGCUGUCUCAGCCAUAAACCUUGAGGAGAGCAACGAUGUGGACGUCGACAUGGAUAUGGACACGGAAAUGGACUUGGAUUUUGGCAUUGACUUUGCCACUGACUUUAGCAAGGAGCUCGAUUUGAGCGAAGAUGUGGAGAUCGAUCAGUUUGGCUUGGUCAACAAAAUGGUACAUGCCGCCAUCUCAGAGGCCGAAUACUUGGCCGGGGGCAUUGUCGAGGUGGUGGAGCAUCAGCUGCUGAAGAUCUUCCUAUCUCCGUUCAAGCAGCUGGAGCAGGUGGCUGCUGACAUCAAUAACCGGGCUGUGGAAAGCGAGGAGUGUGUGUCCAACGAGGCUGUCCAUGUGGUCAACACUCUGGAGUCUGCCACAUUGGGCUAUUUGGGCUGUGGUCGCGAUGCCACUGUCACAUCUGUCAAUCUGAUACUCGACACCAAGCGUGCCGUUGUGCAGCUGACCUUUGAUGGCUACUCCCUGAUCCGACAGUUGCAGUCAUGUCGCCAGAGCACGACCGAUUUGAGGAAGAGAAUCUGCAGGAUCCGUCUGUACGUUAACGGUUGUAGCUAUGCCGUGAAUGCACGGAAAUCGAUACGCCAUCUGAUCGCUCUACGUCGCACUGUUCCCGCUGUCGCCACUAGUGCCGAGAGCUGCACCGCGUCCGCUACGGAGAAUGCUCUUUUCGGAUUUGCCGAGAUCAAUGCCAACAUCGAUACCUGCAUCGACACCAUGAUUCACUGAGUUUUCGGAUAGUAAAAAUCACAAUAAAUUAAUGCAUUAUAAA